AUGCCUGUUGGCGAUUAUCCAACAAUCGGUGAAUAUGCAGAAGCUCAGAAACAAUUAGGAAGUUGUCUACCGGAAUUUCGAGCAACAAUGGUGAAAUCGCUGAAAAUCGGAGCUGGAUUUGGAGUUCCGUUUGGAGUUUAUGUGGCGUAUCGGUGAGAAUAUUUCUGAGGAAAAAAUUUGAGUCAAACAUGUUCACGUGUGUAAUCGCUAGAGUAGAAGUGCCUAAAAAAUCGUCACGAAUUUUUUUAUCAAAAUUUGCUUCUUUUAGCAGAGAUGCGAAAUUUAUGCCCAAGUUUUUAAUUUUUCCCACGAGCGCCUUAAACGCGAGUGUAGACCGCUAUCUUCCGCGUAAGCCGCCACGUGGAUUUAGUAUGACGUGUAAGCUGUGAAUCCAAGAGAUCUCUAAAGCGGAAGAUAGUGUUAUUUCAAACUUUCAUAAUAAAUUUAUCUCCCAAGUAAACUGUUCUUUUGCUUUAAUCAUAAUUAAAUUAUUGAUUUUUCAACCUGUACGUUGUCUGAUUCCUUUGAAUAAUACAAUCAAAAGUGGAACAGCAACGACCAAAUUAAAAAUACUCAAAAUCAGCAUUGAAACCGGCCAACCUGUAAUCAAUUUUUUGUUUUGAAAUAAUUUUUGUUUUUCUGUUCAAAACAACUUACCGAAACUCCAUUCUUCACCUCCUUUAUUUUUAUCGAUAUGAUCAUUAUGAUAACUAAUAAACAUGAAAUAUCGAAUAGUUUGAACGAACAUGUAGACAAUGCAAAUAAUCUGAAAAAUAUUCGAUUUUAUGGGAGAAUAAGGAAUUUUGUCAAAUCAGCCGGUUAGAAAAACAUCUAGUUUUUUGCGGCGCAGUUCAUAAGUCAAUUUCUUCACAAACCUGGCAAACUGCACACCAGAUUAUCAUCCAAAAAAAUGGCAAAAAUAUCACAAUUAUCACAUAUACUCCUUCGAAUAUUAGAUUGAAACCAGUACCUUCAUACCAACUGAAAACAAAUAAUUUUAGAUGAAAUUUUUGGAAUUUUCAAGUUAAAAAGUAAAACUAAACUCACAACAGACAUAGUGCCAAAACUCCUAAAACAAUUUGAGUAACUCCAGCAACCCACAUUAUAAUAUCUGGUCUCACAUUCACCACACCAUCCUCUAAUUCAAUUGUAUCACACAUGAUUUUAGAAUAUAUUUAUAAGUACUAUUCACUUUUAAGUGCAGAUAUAGAAGUGAUCAUCUCAUUAAAAAUCCAAAUUUAAAUACCGAUGACGUAGAGGUCAAAUGAAAUAUGUAGUUCACGUCGAAAGUGUUUUCUUCAAUUUUAUAAAUCUAUAAUUUUUCAGACAACACGGCCUUGCUUUCAAACCAUUUGUUGGAAAAACGAUUGCCACGUGGCUGACAUCAACAUUAACAUUUGCUUGUUUAGGAUUAAUGGGUGGAACUUAUAAUUGUUUGAGGAUCAAAUUUUAG